AUGUCUUCUUCUUUUUCCAUUCCAUCAAUUGACGAAGUUUAUACAGCUCAAUCUCAUUUACGUGGUAUUAUAAAUGAAACUCCACUUAUGAAAUUAAAUUAUGAAAUCUCUGGAAUAGAAAUAUAUUUGAAAUGUGAACAAUUUCAACCUAUAUCAUCAUUUAAAAUACGUGCUGCUGCAAAUGCUAUUCAAAAUUUAUCUAUAGAACAAAAACAAAAUGGAGUAAUUACAGCAUCAACUGGUAAUAUGGCACAAGGUUUAGCUUGGAUUGCUCGAAAAGAAAAUAUUAAAUGUCAAAUUUUAGUACAAGAUACAGCAAAUGAAGUUAAAUUACAAGCAGUUGAACGAUUAGGAGGUAAAAUUACUAAAUGUAAUUUCGAACAAUGGUGGCAAACUAUUAUUACUCAUCAAUGUCCAAUAUUAGAUGGAUAUUUUAUUCAUCCAGUAUGUAAUCGACAUAUAAUUGCAGGAAAUGGUACUAUUGCUCUGGAAAUAUUAGAUGAAUUACCUGAUUGUGAUGCAAUACUAGUUCCUUAUGGUGGCGGUGCUUUGAUUACUGGUAUUGCUUCCGUAGCUAAACAUAUAAAACCAUCCAUUGACGUAUUCGCUUGUGAAAUCGAAACAGCAGCACCUCUUCAUGCUGCAUUUAACAAUGGUGAAGUAACUGAAAUUGUUAUGGAAAAAUCUUGGGUUGAUGGUAUUGGUAGUCCAAGUGUCUUAGAUGAAAUGUGGCCUUUAGUUAAAACUUGUGUCGAUCAUUCUAUUGUUGUUACAUUAAAAGAAACAGCUAAAGCAUUAAAAAUAUUGAUAGAAAGAAAUCAUAUUAUAUGUGAAGGUGCUAGCGCAACAACAAUAGCUGCUGCACUAUGGCAUUAUAUAAAUUAUGUACAAAAUGGAAAAGCUGGAUUAAGGAGAAAAGAUGAUAAUAAUAAUAGAAAAUUAAAAGUUGUAGCAAUUCUAAGUGGAAGUGGUAUUAAUAAUGAAACGAUUAUUAAAUGUUUAAAUGAUACUUUGUAA